CCCUUUUUCCGCUUCCGUAUUUCAUUUGGAAACUUUGGCUCCUUCAUAUAUCCGAAAUUUCUCAUUUUCCUUUUUCCUAAUAGUGCUACAGAAACCUAAGAAGACGUCAUGAGGGAUAGUGACACCUUACAUAAAUCCAGCCCAAGCUCAACAGCCAGCCAAUCUGGAGUGCCAAUCCAAGUGAUCCAACAGGUACAGGUCAUGCAGCAGCAUUUGGUAUUUCAAAAUUCAGCCCAGCUCAAUAAAGGAGAUCAAAUCUCAUUAGCAGAUAGAAGUAUGCAAGAGAUGUCCAGGACCCCAGAGCAGGUGCAAGAGCUUCAGCAGGAGCCAGUUCAACAGGUGCACUACAAUCAAGUGCAGUUCGUGGAAGAUGUUGUUGGCCGUUACACAGCAAACCCUGAGAAUCAGGUGGUCACCAAAUCCAGUGCCAAGGGAAGAGGAGGUAGUUGUGACAGAAAUGAAGCUGGAGCCUACGUGAUCCAGGGUGGAUUCAUCCUAGACAGAUCAAUCCAGUCCUACUCUCACCCGACCCGUGCUUCACCAGCUACUGUUCAGUGGCUGCAGGAUAACUAUGAGACCGCUGAAGGUGAGAGUUUACCUCGCAGUACACUGUAUUGCCACUACCUCUUGCAUUGCCAGGAGCAAAAAUUGGAACCAGUAAACUCUGCUUCUCUUGGCAAGCUUAUCCGCUGCAUCUUCAUAGGUCUUCGGACACGCCGCCUUGGUACCAGGGGAAACUCCAAGUACCAUUAUUAUGGCCUGCGUAUCAAAGCCGGCUCCCCACUGUUGCACUUGACUGGGGACCAGAAGCAAAUAGCGAUGCAAGGGCAGCCCUUCUCCCAAAAACAAGGACUGAACCCAAUCCAGAAAGUGGAUCGACUGAUCAGUGGUGUGGCUGAGUGCCAGCAACAGGAAUCAGGACUUUCUGACAUCAAUUCUCAAAUCCAGCAGUAUCAGCAUUUCCUGGAUGCAUCAUGGAGCCUCCCAGACUUCACAGAACUCGAUCUGCAGGGCCAAAUGUUACCAGAGGGAAUCGAGGUUGAGGAUGUGAAGGCCUUUCAGAUCCUGUACCGGGAGCACUGCGAGGCCAUUAUCAACAUAAUAAUCAAUCUGAAGUUCACCCUGCUGGAAUCCUUAUGGAAAACGUUUUGGAGAUACAACCUCAUUGAGGGUCCAUUCAUGGUAAUCUAUGAUGAAGCUGAGAAGCGGUUACCUAAGAAUCGUCUGGUUAUCUUAUCCAAGUAUAAGUCUGUGCUCAGGUGGACCAAAGAUUGCGACAUCCUGCUGUACCAGGGCCUAGUGGAGAUUCUCAUUCCAGAUGUGCUACGUCCUAUCCCCAGUGUCUUGAUGCAAGCUAUCAGGAAUUUUGCCAAAAGCUUGGAGAGCUGGCUCACCAAUGCCAUGAUAAAUAUUCCAGAGGAGAUGGUGUGUGUGAAGGUGGCAACUGCAAGUACCUUUGCCCAGACUCUGCGGCGCUACACUUCUCUCAAUCAUCUGGCACAAGCAGCUCGAGCCGUGCUGCAGAAUACAUUGCAGAUCAACCAGAUGCUCAAUGACCUCAACCGUGUUGACUUUGCAAAUGUCCAGGAGCAGGCUUCAUGGGUGGGCCACUGUGAGAACAAUAUAGUGCAACAACUGGAGCAGGACUUCAAGGUGACACUACAGCAACAGAACUCCCUGGAACAAUGGGCAUCCUGGCUGGACUGUGUGGUCAGCCAGGUUCUCAAGCCAUACCAGGGUACCUCCAGUUUUCCCAAGGCCGCCAAGCUCUUCCUCCUCAAGUGGUCCUUCUACAGCUCCCUGGUGAUUCGGGACCUGACUUUGCGCAGUGCUGCCAGCUUUGGUUCCUUCCACCUGAUCCGGCUGCUCUGUGAUGAAUACAUGUACUAUCUAGUUGAACAUCGUGUGGCACAGGACAAGAGCAAGACCCCUAUUGCUGUCAUGGGUGAGUUUGCCAGCUUGGCCAGCUCCCUAGACCAACUGAAUCCUGAAAAAGAUGAGGAAGAGGAGGAAGAAGCAGAGAACAAAGGUGAAUUGGCCCAGAAAAUUUCUUCUAACUUCGGUGAAUCAACUCUCAACUCUGAGUCUCUGGAGCCUGCAACCAAGUUGCUGAGAAUAGAUGGAGAGGCCAUCUUCCUUCAGCCAUGCCUUCUAACUAAAUAACCCAUAGUAGAUGAGUCCAAAACUUGACCUGCACCUUUUUCCCUUUCUGCCCUCUGUUAGUGCCAACUCAGAGGGCAUUAUCCUCUCUACAGUGUUCUUUAGAAUCAGAUACAAGUAGUUCAGGCUUUCAACUAAAGAGUCCCUUGCCUCCCUUCACCUUUUUACUAAUUUCUGUGUCACACCCCAAGUUUAUAAUAUAACCAACUAAAGUCUUGUCUCUAAAGGCCUGUACAUCUUGUAUGGGUUUGUUUUCCUUUUUUUCCCUCACAUUUAGGUGUGGAGUUUGUGGGCACUUCCCUCUUCUGUAAUUGGUGUCCAUUUGGUCCUGCCCUUUGUGAACAGUGCAGGGAAUGAGAUUACAAAACUGAGGUAAGGGGGCCCUCCCACAUUCCUCAAGCUAUAGUCUAACACAAAGGCCAAAUUUGGAGUAUAGGUUAUGGGGCUGCAAGCAACAGAUGGGCAUAUUUAGAUUAUCCUAGAUUUAAUGUUUUAUAGCAUUCUCGGUAGCUGUAUUAGGCCAAGUCAGGGCAAAAGCAAGUAAGAAGAAUUAACUAAUUUCAGUGGUUUUCCCUCCAUAGCACAAAAUAUCCUGACUGAGAAAGUCAAAUGUGCCUUACCUCCUCCACAUCCACCUUUAGAUUUUGUAAUAAUUUGCCACCCUGCUUUACCUUCUGCCCUCUCCCAAUUCUCUUUUAGCUUGCCCAAACAUUAAAAUCAAGCCAAGAGACUGGGAGGAUCGUUAUUAUCUUAAAACAGUUCAAGGAGCUGCUUUAAUUGCACUUGAAAAAGGAAUAUAAAUUUAUGGGGUUCCUGAAAAGAGUUAAUCGAAUUUGCAAAGAGCUGCACUGCUAAUUCUUCCUGCCACAGGCUUGCUGGUUCCACAGUGAUUGGUAGUGGUGCCCUGGCUUUCUUGAACACUGUAGUGGGUCCCUUGUUUUCAUUCUGGGACAUGCUGAAAGGGAACUUUGGGUGGGAGAAGGGAAUCAGAUUCCAGAACAGAGGCAGAUGCACUAAUGCUCUAGGUGCUUUCUGUCCAUGGUGGGUAGAAAGGGGCGGAAAGAAAUCACAUCACAGACUAGGUCAUUUAAGCUCGCUUUGCCAUCCCUAGGUUUUCACUGCCCUCCAUUUAUCCUUCAUCUUCCUAGUUCCGUUUUUAACCUCUCUUAUUCCUGCUGUCAAUGAAUUACCUAUCUGGUUGUUUCAGUCCUUGCUGAGGCAUGAUUUGUUCCGUCAUUUUGGGGCAUCAAAGAUGGGCACCAGGAAGAAGUAAGCUUUGCCUCUAGUCAUUAAAAAUAGGGAGAAAAAUGUGUUUCUCCAUUGUCACCUCAGUUUAUGAAGCAGUGUUAUGUUGGCGCUAUCCAGUGAAACAAUUUUCUAGCUUUCUGAAGAGCUUCAAUUCAUUCAGGAGGCAGAGAUUUCAGGUUCAACCUCAGAAGAAACUGGCCCCGAAUGUGGAUUGAGACACUCACCAAGUUUAUCAGCUUUUCCCCAGUUUAUCAGCUCUUUCAUCUGUUUCUCCUGUUACGAACCCCAAAUCUUUCUUCCCAGAAACUUUGCUUGUGUAGUUCUGUUUUAGUAGUUGUAUAUUCUUUGAUAUUGUAGUGUACACAAGGUUUAUGUUUUAAUGUUAAAAAAUGAACCAAUUUUCCAUGCUGAAACAAAUAACUUGUUACUGGGACCAAUAUCCAAGUAGAGCUCAUAGUUUAUUGGCUUUUUCCAAAGUACCAUAAAUAUAUUUGUUCCAGAUCUUUAUCAGUGAUUUCAACUGAGAUGUAGAUACUUGUGUUCUAAACUGUGACCUGUAUGAAUUUUCCUCCAUGUUGUAUGCUCCUUGAAGUAUUUCUCUGGUGACAGCAUCAACCAGACCAAGUAACCAUGUCUUUUACUAUUUCCUCCCUUUUAUGGAAGUUUGAAAAUCUGUAAGUUUCUGAAGCUGUUUUCUACAUUUUGUAGUUUUUCUUGAAACACAAUAAAUUCAGCUUUGUUAUUGA